AUGUACCUGAAGAAGCCGUUUUGGAGUGACUCCUUCGACCGGGAGCCGGAAUCUGAGCAGCCGUCGCCGGUUUUCGAGCUGGUCAAGUCGCUUGACCGGCAGAGAUUGUACCGCGAGGUGACCCUCGCACUCCGAACAGGGCUCCGCGAGGCCCGGGCUGAGUUCUCGUUCCUACGUAUUCGCGGACUUCGCAGCCUUCUCAAGUUCCUCCGAUCAGUUGCCGAAUCGGAUGAUACGAUUAAUCUCUUUUGCCACUCGCAAUCCAUACCCGAGCUCCAAGUUGUGCCUGUUCUGUUUCAACAUUCCCUUAGAGAGGUAGAAGAACAUCAUGUGGCCAAUCUGAACCACAUAUUCACUGUGGAACCUAUGAAGAUAACUAGCCCUGCCACAGAUGCUGAGGUGGCUCUUGCUCUUCGAGUUCUUGAAGGGUGCUGUCUUCUUCAUCCGGAGAGCACGAUCUUGGCUCAUCAGCACAAGGCAAUUACAGUGCUAAUGAAUAUCUUGUCAACCCGUGGGGUACUCGAGCAAGGUGCAUGCCUUGAUGCUUUAAUUGCAAUUAUGCUGGAUUCAUCCUCCAAUCAAAUGGAUUUUGAGGCAUGCAAUGGCAUCGAGGAAGUUGCUCUUCUUAUAAGAGAUAAACAAACAGAGGAAAAUCUAAGGUUGAAAUGUGGUGAAUUUCUGUUACUUCUCAUUGGACAUGUAAAUGGAAGGGAAAAACCUCCAAUGAUGACAAUACACGAGGAUGUGAGGCGAUUCUUGGGGGAAAAAUCUGCCUCCUUAAUAUGGGCAGCAAGUCAAUUUGGAUCAACCCUGGAUCCCGAGCAAAGGUUAACGGCUUUGCAUAUUCAAGCUCGAAGGGUACUCGAGUCAAUUGAUCUUUACUAA